AUGAAACUCCACGCUGCAGCUAUCCUCCUUGUCUUCUGGCUUGGCAUCUUCACUGUGCACACAGCGAAAGGGAGCAUUGGAAGUCAGUCCAUGCGCAAAUUCCGUUGUGUGAAUCUGUCUACACAGCAACUGAACAUCCGAAACCUUAUCAGCUAUGAAAAGCAACAAGUUCCAGUAAAUGCCAUCAUGUUUCUUACCACAAAAGGUAUCAAGAUCUGCGUAAGCCCUGAUCAGAGAUGGGUGCAGGCUGCUAUGAAGAAAAUAGACCAAAAACGUACCACCAAAGGCAAAUAA